GAGGAGAAAGGGGAGGGGGGCGGUGGGAGAAGGAGGUGGCGUUAGCUGGAGCCCCAGACAGCUGGAGGGGAUAAACAGAGGAGGGGGCCGCGGAGGGCUCGGGUCCCAGCCAGGCCGGGGCUGCGAAGCCUGGCGAGCGGCUCAGGCUGCCACCCAGCUACUCACCUCCCGGAGGGGCCCCUGCCCUGGCUCGGGGUUCGGGCCGUCCCCCUGCAUGGAAGUUCAGGGGCUUCGUCCACUGGCUGCUGCGGCUGCUGAGCCUGCCUUGAGGAGGCCUGACAGGUAAUUUCAAUGCCUUCUGUAUGGACACGAACUCUACUGGAAUGCUCGGAUGCACAGCAACACCUCCACUAGCUUGCUUUCGUCAGCCCUAUUGUGAGAAGAUGGCAAAAGCAAACAUUACUAGAGACCUCAUCCACAGGCAGCUCAAGGAGAAGGGUGCCCUCAGCUUUGAACGGCACUAUCAUGUCACUGACCCCUUCAUCCAGCGCCUGGGCUUGGAGGCAGAGCUGCAGGGUCAUACUGGCUGUGUCAACUGCCUUGAAUGGAAUGAAAAGGGAAAUUUGCUGGCCUCUGGCUCUGAUGACCAGCACACGAUAGUGUGGGACCCGCUGCACCAUAAGAAGCUCCUCUCCAUGCAUACAGGGCAUACAGCAAACAUAUUCUCAGUCAAGUUCUUGCCACAUGCAGAGGAUCGGAUACUUAUAACUGGGGCUGCCGAUUCCAAGGUGCAUGUCCACGACUUGACUGUUAAAGAAACCAUCCAUAUGUUUGGGGAUCACAAAAACAGAGUCAAGCGUAUUGCCACAGCUCCCAUGUGGCCCAACACCUUCUGGAGUGCAGCUGAGGAUGGGCUGAUUAGACAGUAUGACCUGCGAGAGAACAGCAAACACUCAGAGGUCCUGAUUGACCUGACGGAAUACUGUGGGCAGCUUGUGGAGGCAAAGUGUCUCACUGUCAACCCCCAGGACAACAACUACCUGGCAGUGGGAGCCAGCGGGCCGUUUGUACGGAUCUAUGAUAUACGCAUGAUCCACAAUCACAGAAAAACAAUGAAACAGAAUCCCACAGCUGGAGUCCAUACAUUUUGUGACCGGCAGAAACCCCUUCCAGAUGGUGCAGCACAGUACUAUGUAGCAGGGCAUCUUCCAGUGAAAUUGCCAGACUACAAUAACCGGCUGAGAGUUUUGGUAGCUACAUAUGUCACGUUCAGUCCUGAUGGUACAGAACUCUUGGUCAACAUGGGAGGGGAACAGGUUUACUUAUUUGAUCUGACUUACAAGCAGCGGCCAUACACUUUUCUCCUGCCAAAGAAAUGCCACUCUUCAGGAGAGGUGCAGAAUGGGAAAACAUCAACCAAUGGCGUGUCAAAUGGCAUCCAUCUCCACAGCAAUGGCUUCAGGCUGUCUGAGGGGCGAGCACACAUAAGUCCACAGGUGGAGCUGCCUCCCUAUUUGGAGAAAAUCAAGCUGCAAGCCAACGAGGCUUUUGCUUGUCAGCAAUGGACUCAAGCCAUCCAGCUUUAUAGCAAAGCUGUCCAGAAAGCCUCCAGCAAUGCCAUGCUGUACGGAAACAGAGCUGCUGCCUACAUGAAGCGCAAGUGGGAUGGGGAUCACUACGAUGCAUUGAGAGACUGCUUAAAGGCCAUCUCUCUAAAUCCAUGCCACUUGAAGGCUCACUUCCGCCUGGCUCGCUGUCUCUUUGAGCUGAAGUAUGUGGCAGAAGCACUGGAGUGUCUUGAUGAUUUCAAAGGAAAAUUCCCUGAGCAAGCACAUAGCAGUGCUUGUGAUGCACUGGACCGGGACAUCAAUGCAGCCCUUUUCUCAAAAAGUGAUAAUGCGGAAGACAAGAAAGGGAGCGGCCCUAUCUGGCUACGAGCAACGGGCCGAAAAGAUUCCAUUUCGGAUGAUGAGAUGGUGCUGAGGGAGCGCAGCUAUGACUACAAGUUCAGAUACUGCGGCCACUGCAACACCACCACAGACAUCAAAGAGGCCAACUUUUUUGGCAGCAAUGCACAGUACAUUGUCAGUGGCUCAGACGAUGGCUCCUUCUUCAUCUGGGAAAAAGAAACAACAAACCUGGUGCGGGUGUUGCAAGGCGACGAGUCCAUUGUCAACUGCCUCCAGCCCCACCCGAGUUACUGCUUCCUGGCCACCAGUGGAAUCGAUCCAGUUGUGCGGCUGUGGAAUCCCAGACCAGAGAGCGAGGCACUGAACGGGCGAGUGGUGGAAGACAUGGAAGGUGCUUCCCAAGCCAACCAGAGGCGGAUGAACGCUGACCCAUUGGAGGUGAUGCUGUUUAACAUGGGCUACCGGAUCACAGGACUGACUAGUGGUGGGACUGGAGGCUCAGAUGAUGAAGACAGCUCCGAGGGGCAAGUCCACUGCCGGACCAGCUAAAGCUGAACUGCCUCUCCUUCCCAUGAUUUUGGGGUUUUUUGUUUUUGUUUCUUUGUUUGUUUGAAGGGAAAUCUAGUUUGCUCAGUUUGAACUCUGAUGAACGACUGCACUGUUUCACACUAUGCACAGAGUAGGACACGUCAGCAGGGGCAAGAGUGGCUUUGUUAAACUGCUGCUACUAUUUCUUCCCCCCUUUUGCCCCGUUCCACUAUUGAGGAACAUGGUAACGCAGCUUGUUGAGUUUUGCCUCCCAGCAGAAUCUAGUCUGUACAGGGGUUCCUUUUCCACGUUGUCUGUGAGCAGUGUAAAACUGGUAGCCAUUCCUUCCUCCAGUGCUCCUGCAUGGCCUGGAUGGCGGGAGGCAUUGCCUACAUGAAUGCAUUUUACAGAGAGGAUGUUUAAAAACUCAAUAAAAUGUAAAACUAGGGCAGGGAUUAUGGAAUUAAGUUUAAUGCGGUGAUCUGUGUCUCUGAAGCUUGGCUUGCCUGCUCUGCUGCUAGCUAUUGGCCCAUAGUUGUGGCCUCUUUGGUGUCUCUUUCAGCCCACAGGAUAUCUGAUGAGCAUUUGCCCAGCCUCUGCAUCUAAAGCCAUGGUCGCAACCAAGUGGCUAGAGAGAACAUGGGCAGCUUAAUUCACAUGACUGGAGGUGCAAAAUAAAUGACACCAGGCAGAGAAACUGACUUCCUGGUAUUCAAUACUUUAUUUCUUCCAUGUGCAGAGAGAGAAAUGGCUGUAAUAGAGAGAGGCCCUGACACGGGGCUCCGUGACUUACCCGGUAUGUGACCUGAGCUAGUAAAAAGACCUGAUGUUGCUGCUCUUUGAGAAACUCCUGAUUCCCCACCCCCCACCCCCGGCAACUUCUCCCAAAAUGUUUUCUUUCUUGUGUGUCUAUGGUUAGGCAUGUGGUGUAUGUGGGACAUGCCUCAUCACUGCUUGAGACUGAACGCUGAAAGUGAACUGAUUCGCUGGCCCUCCACAAGGUUGUCCUUCCCCAUUUUCUUGACGUUUGUGUGACCUCCCACCUCUGCCAUGCAUAGAAGAAUCUCCAUGGGGUUUGUGAACUUCUUGGUGGAGCUGCCUAUCCUUUCUCAACCCUUGUUUCUUUUGGGCAGGAGUCUUUAAAGUGGCACAGGAUGUUGACUCCUCUUUUUUGUUAAAUGACUCCAUUUUACCUGUUUGUUUGCUUCCAGCCAUCAAAUGGAUACCACACAGUUGAUGUAACGUAGCUUUUUUUAAAAAAAUUGAUUGUGACAUAAGCCCAAGAGUCCCUGGGCAAUACACUUAACAUUUGUUCUCUCAUUUCAUUGCUAGCAUUGUUCCUUGAGGUAAGAAUGGAGGGCGGAGAGAGAAAGGUAUGCAUGACCAGGACAAAUGCUACUUUAAGGAUGGCUUUUAGGAACACAGAAUUCCUGUGUUUUGUGAAGGAUCACAUGUUUGGGAAAGCGAUCUCUGGACAUGGCACACACCUUUAUGUCUUUUGUGUCACGUCUCUGGAGCAAAUGGUGGCAGAAAUAAUGAUGGCAUAAAAUCUGUCAAUACAACUUCAAGGUGUGAUGGUGUUGAUACCGUGCCAUUGUCUUGAACCACCUCAGACCUUCUCUUCCAGGUAACUCUUCUCUGGGGUUUACACUUGGCAUUGGAAGCAAGGCAGGCAGCCAUUUGUGGGUGGGUGUUGAGGAGAAAUAUGACUGUAACAUUGCUGUCUCCAUUAAACAUCUUUGCUCUGCCUCCCCUUGAAAAUGUGUGCCCUGAAAUAAGACCUUCAAUAGCAUCCCAUGGUCUUUCUGAGUAGAAUGACAUACUGUAGUCUUGCAUCAUGUAGUGCAGCAUUCUCCAACUUGGUUCUCUCCAGAUCAGUUGAGGCACCAGAUGUUGUAGCACUACAGCUCCCAACCCCCCCCCCCGAACAACUGGUCAUGCUAGCUAGGAAUGAUGGGAGUUGUAGUCCAACAACAUCAGGGGACCCAAGGUUGAGAAAAGCUGCUCAAGGUGAUGUUGAACUCAAAUACAUAGCUGCCCCAGCCAGAAUGGCCAGUGGUCAGAAAUGGCGGUUGUUUUAAUCCAGCAACGUCUGGUGGGGCACCAGGUUUGAGAAAUCCUGUUCCUUUCAUGGUCCCCAAUAUGGGAACCAGAAAAAAACUGUUGUCUUUUGGCUCAACCCUUGAUAAAGACAAGAUGUAUGUGUAUUAUACAGAAGCAAAGUCCUUGGUUUCACAUAAUUUCUUGCCACUAAGCAAAUGGCUAUUGUACACCCUUGCAGUCCACAUACCUCUUAGGAAACUUGGGCCAGACAACAGCAACUGUAGAUUGCUCCCCUCCCCAUGUACUCAAACUGUAUUCUGUUGUCUUGGUUGGACAGCCACUUCCAAUCCAUCACUUUUUUAUAUUCACUGCACGCCACACUCUCUUUAAAAAUCAAGAGCAUUGCUGUGUUUUCAAGGAUAUUAAAAACAGAAUAUCUUCUCUGAGUUGUAGGCAAGAGUUUUCCCUUGUCGUUUUCUUAUUUUGGGAACGUUCCAGUUGUUUAAAAGUACCCCCACCCCACCCCCCCAAAAACCUGAGUUGAUUGCCUAGUAUUUAGGUCUCUGAGGGAACAUAUUUUUUCUCCUAUGCCACCCAGUUGUUUUUGCUGGCUCACCCUGCCGCCUUUUUCAUUUCAUUGGCAAUGCACUUUUUCCAGUCUGUAGGAAAUAAGGUACAAGUUUGGGUCUGCCUCCACUCUGCUCUAGAAGAACAUAUAUACAUGUAUAUGUAUAUGUAUAUGUGUAUAGAGAGAGAGAGACAGGCAGACAAGAGAGACAGAGCAGGGUGACCACUGCUUCAAAAACAUUGCAGUCUAGGGAUAGCCAACAUAGUGUCUGUCCUCCAGAUCCUGUAGACCAGUGGUCCUCAACCUUGGGAGAGGUGCACAAGCCUUUGGUGGAAUAACCCCAAUACAGUCUGUAACUUCUCACUCAUGUUCAGUGUCUUCGUCCUUGCAACAGUCAAAAGGCAUGCUAUUUCAACUUCCUUUUCAAACCUUCACAUCCAAAACUUGUGCAAAGAAAAAAGCCAUGCUGAGAUUAGAAACUCUGCAGGAAAUAGGUUCGGAAUUCCUCUCUGCAGAGCUUCCACUGUGGCAGCUUAUUUUAUUUUAUUUUGCUGCUGAGCACUGUGUUUUCCUUUCCUGCCAUGGCAUGACAGCUGAAGUAUCCCUUUCCUCUGCCAUGGAUAGAUUUUUAGUUAAUUGCUGCUUAACUUAAAAUAAAUUCAUGUGUUAAUAUUGAGCUAAUGGUUGCCCCAUAUUCUAGAGUAUUUUAUUCUGGGCUUGUAGACUAUACUUGUGAAUGAGGGGCAUCUGUGUGGAUGGAGAGAAGAAAACCGUGAUGGAGGAAGAGGUGCUUUUAAAUUCAUCUUAACCCCCUGCCUUAGUUUGUGUGCAGGGAGAGGAUGUACUCAUAUUGUUUUCCUUUCCUUUUCCUCUUUCUAAUAGAUGCCCAGAAAAAUACUAUUUUUGUAAUCAAGCACAGGGAUCUCUUCUGGUGUAUAAAUAUGAUGAAUGCAUAGAAAAAGCUUCAUUUUGGCUGCUGAGAAAACAGUUGCCCAUAUAACUUUUCAGGAAUCUGAAAUGAGAUUUCCCCCAAAGUAUAUGUCCUUGCAGAACACCAGCCUUAGUCUUUUUGGGAGGUGGGGAGGUAAUGGGGUGUUUCUGUUUCUCUGAUCCCUGGAAGACAAGGGGUUAAGCUAUUAAAAGCAUUUUUGUUCUAGUUUUCUUUUGGUGUCCUCCUUCUGUUCUUGAGACAGUUCUGACUGUGUGCCACUAGUUUGCUGCGGCAUUUGCAAAGAGUUUCAUGGUUGGUGGGUAUGCUAAGGAACACCUGAUCUUCCUCACUCAGAGGCAAGAUUUUUACGCUCCCCAGUUGCAUAACUUGUGAAGCAGCAGUUUUGCAUAAAAAUGCAGAAUUCAGUGUUGGCUACAUUUCUUAUGCAGGGAGAGAGACUUUACCAACUUCCUAAAUAAAUAAAUGAUUAGGCGAUCCUCCAAGAAUCUCUGCAUUUUUCCAGUGGGUCCAUGAAGGGAAAAGUUUAGGAAUUGCUGGUUUAGGAGAAACUCAAAUGGUAGAUGUUUGGCCCGGUACAUGGUGGUCUGCUUUAUGCCUCCUGUCAAAAGGGGUGGUAGCUGCCAUAUCUAUACUUUGGGGAGACUAUAGCAAAUUCUUUGCAGGCACAAGGGCUUGAGUCCAAUCUACUUAAAGCAGGGAUGGGGAGUUUCAGGCGUUUGGGGGCCACAUGAGGGCUUUAUGAGAUUCUCCAGAGGCCAAAGCCCCUAACUAACUUUACUCUCUGCCCUCCUUGGGUGCAUUUGCCUGGCUGGAAUGUGCCCUUGAACUCUGACCAUUCCUCUUACUUGCCUAGAGUGGGAAGGGUGUAGAAGUAUAAAAGUCAGAGUCUUACCUGCUGCCCUGCCCACUUUUUCCUCUGACUUCUCCCAUGCAGUCUCUGGAAGGUUGUCCACAAGGAAAUGUAGCCCUGUCCCUGAUCCUAAAGGAAGAGGUACCAGGUAAUUGAAAGCACACCAGUCAGAAAUCUUGGGGUGCUGCUACCAGUUAGAGUAAAUGCUAUACUAGACAGACAAAUAAUCUGACCUGGUAUAAGGUCACACCCUAUAUUCCCAUAAAUCUGUGUGUGCGCAUGGAUGCACGGAUAUUUUCUCAGGGAAUGUUUGUCGCAGUCCUAGUGGAAAAACUCAUGCCUUCUGUUUUCACUGUCCUAGAAAAAUUACAAAUCCUUAUCUAGGCCCAUCACAAUUACAUUUCUAUAGUGUGAGUAACUGGGCAAUCAAUAGUAUUGGCAUGAUCAGUCAGGGAAUGAUGCAUCAUCCUGUGUUUGACAGCGUAUCCCUGCAGUGCUCCUGGUUUUCUUGUAGAAAGAGAAAGCUCAGAAUAGCCCAAAGACUUUACAAAAUAAAGACAUCUGCUAAGAGGACAGUUUAUACCUAAAUACAGGUAGGUAGCUGUGUUGGUCUGACGUAGUCAACACAAAAUUUAAAAAAUUCCUUCCAGUAGCACCUUAAAGACCAACUAAGUUUGUCAUAGGUAUGAGCUUUUGUGUGCAUGCACACUUCUUCACUUGUACCUAGGCCAGUUGGCUACACGAGUGCACCCAAGGAUGAAGACAAAGCUGGCUGAUAUGCUGGCUUGCUUUCAGUAGAAAGAUCCCUCUCUUAGGGAUAUCCGUAAGAAAUCGUGCAUACCGAUCCUGAAACGGUUGCUUCACUAGGUACAAACUGUUCUCAAGAGAGCAAUUUAUUUUGGGAAGAUCCUAUUUAUUUGGCGCACAGGUUUGUAGACCUCCCUUCCCUUGAGGCUGCACUUACUAAUCAAAACAAGUAAGCUAUUAAGAUUUAUGAAACAUUUGCUACCUUUUGAAGCUCUGCUACAUCAGUGGGGUAAAAAUGAAUGGAGCCCGGUGCAAUCACAUUACAUAUCUGUCUUCACUCCUGCAUAAUUGCAUGGUUUUCAUUAUUAAAUGUGAAACUGGUGAAAUGGUCAUGAAUGCAUAAUGUCUAAAUGCCUUCCUGUACAGCUUGCCUCUUUGAAAGUUUAUAUGGCAAUUCAGUAGGGGCUUGUCUCAGUUAACUGUAAAGCAGGGACAGUCUUGGCUUGCUACAGGGGCCCUUUCAAUUUGAACAUGCCUAAAUUCACAUAUGGGACGCGGGUGGCACUGUAGUCUAAACCACUGAGCCUAGGGCUUGCCGAUCGGAAGGUUGGCGGUUCGAAUCCCCGUGAGGUUUCCGUGCACUACUCUGGUUUGCCAGAAGCGGCUUAGCCAUGCUGGCCACAUGACCGGGAAGCUGUAUGCCGGCUCCCUCGGUCAGUAAAGCGAGAUGAGCACCACAACUCCAGAGUCGUCCACGACUGGACCUAAUCGUCAGGGGUUCCUUUACCUUUAAAUUCACAUAUACAGUUGGGGAUGACCCUAAGAAUAUAUCUGGGGUGCUAUUAUGGGUAGCAAAUUCACAGUUUUGAUGUAUUGCCAUCUGGGAGUUUUCUGCCACAGGCUUGGGCCACCCCUACAGAGAUGUUUGUGGCUGAAAUAGGAGAUGAACCCAUCUCCCUCCAGAUUCUACCCAGGCUUUAUGGCCAUAGGUACACAUGGAUGGCUUACAGUUGCAAUCGAAAUUAUUCAGCCACCAUUGCAAAUUAGGUUUAUUGUCAAAAUUUACAGAUUUUCAGCUGUUUGCAAUGAGCAAGUCAAACCAAUGCUAUUCACAUAGCUCAACGCAAUGAAUGCUUCAAGUGGGUCCACCAAAUUCAGCUGAAAUUGCAACUUAUACUGGCUUCUCCAAGAGGAAAUGGUGGGGGGCAGUCCUCUGGGGUCUCCUAGGUUCUGCACCCACCUGGUGAACACCCCCACCCAAAAAAUAAUCUUUGAUUUCCACUUCAGCCGUUGGGUAAGGUUGAUUUGAUUUCUCUUUUCCUCCCACCUCUUUUUUUUAAAAUCAUUUUUAUUCAUUUUCCAAUAAAAACAGCCAAUUAACAUAUAGUCAUAAUCCAAUUAAAAACAACAAACUAAAAUAAACAAAAAAACAAAUUGUAAUCCCAAUUAUUAAUUAUUAUUAUUUUCCGAGCUUCCCAUAGUCUGGACCUCUUGAAGAAUCUUCCAUAUCUCGUUCCUGCCCCCUUCUUGUUGUUCUCCUAUUUUCCACAUUCCGAUUUUAACAUUCAAAGUUCUCCGUCCCUGGCUACGCAAUUCUCAGUCAUGUCCAAAGUCAUAUAUCCUUACGUCCAUCCAUUUGUAAAUAUGUAUUUUUCCAACUAUCUGUUUGCCAGUGCAGCUUUUCCUGACUCCAUUCCAAUCUUCCAAUCCAGGCUAUUUACGCAGCAACUCCCAUGUUGUUAAGUUGUUAUGUUGCUCCCAUCCAGGCUGUUGUCCAAAUCCGUCUUUUGACCUCUUGUUCCUGGUGAAGAUCUUCAUUCACCCCUUCUUCCUUGGCAGGAGGAUGUGCCAUUUUGUGGUUUGCCUCAAGUACCAAAAUGUUUUAGGCCAUCCCUGCUAAGGGCGCUGCAUUUUAAUGUGGCUUGAGCAGAGAACUCUACACAGGAUCAGAACUACAGUAUCUGCCUGCCAGUUUUAAUGAUACAGUACCAGAAUUCACAAUGGGGUGUGCUUGCCUUGGCUGACCUCAUGGUGGAGCUGUUUGUUACUUCUUAAUGCAGCUAUACUGUAGCAUAGCCUAUAGCGUAGCAUAGGGAAAUCACUUACAGACUUAAACUUCUCAAUGGAAAC